GACAAUGCCAAGAUCGAAGAGAUCGGACCACCAGAGAAGGUGAUCGACGCGUUCGGGCCAGAGGUGACCGGCAAGAACAUCGAGGGCAGCGUCAAGGACAUGGAAGUGAAGCAGUACGAUGGGAGAACUUACUACCAGUACGAGCUGGAGCCACACGUACUCAUCACGGCAACAGCCGCUGGGAACAGGCUCUAUCUCAUGUCUGUCAACGCGAGCGGACUCCAAUGGCGGAAGCAUGCCAGGGAACUGCGAAGCAUCCAGGAUUCGUUCAGAGUUGGCUGAUUCACAUCAAGCCUUAACAUUGUUUCUAGUUGUAGAUUACAAGAGUCCAGAUGUUUCUAUAGAGCGAUACCAGGUGGCGGCAUUUGUUCACUAUAGACAGACACCUUGGAAACGAUUGUCACGUUCUUAGAGGCCGUGACACACGGCAAUGGCUUAGCUUAGCGGUACAUGGAACUCGCUUGCACACGGAGGCGCUUCAGCUCGCUUCUGGGGAGCUCCACAGAGCCGUCGCGCAUUCGGCUGCUCCACAGGCAGAUGGUGGCGAGCGGGCUUGGCGAUGACACGUAUCUCAUCAACUUGGUGAUGAAGAUGUACAGUAGGUGUCGCUGCCUCGACGAGGUUGAGCGUGUCUUCUGUUGCAUGGCCGGACCCAACGUGUUCUCGUGGACCAUUGUGCUCGAGGCAUAUGUCCGUAAUGGGCAUAUGGAGAAAGCUAGAGUUCUGUUUGAUCGGAUGCCGGCUAGAAACGUCGUCUCUUGGACAGUUAUGAUCCACUCCUACUCAAAACGAGGUAACGUUUAUGAGGCUCAAGCCCUGUUUGAUUUAAUGCCGGAGCGCAACACUGUGACAUGGAACGCUUUGCUUGCGGCAUAUGCCUCAAACAGGCAUCUACACGCUGCAAAGCACACGUAUGACUCGAUGCCCGAAAAGGAUCUUGCGUCUUGGACCACCAUGCUGCGUGCUUUUGCAAGCGCGGGGCACGUAGAAAAUGCGGCAUGCGUGUUUUCUUCUAUGUCCCAGUGCGAUGUCGUGGCAUGGACGGCUAUGGUUUACACUUAUGCCGCUGCUGGGCAUUUGGAAGCGGCAAUGACCACCUUUGAGAAGAUGCCCGAGUCGACGUUGGUAACAUGGAACGUUCUCCUCGUUGCAUAUUGCCGCAAUGGCGACUUGAAGGGCGUAAAGCUCGUGUUCGACUCAAUGCCGGAGCGAGAUUUGGUGUCCUGGACCGGAUUGCUCCAAAUCAAUUGCCAGUGCGGAAACGUCGAGUUUGUAAAACAAGUGUUUGAUUCCAUGCCCGAGCGUGAUACAGUUUCCUGGAACAUCAUGGGAGCGGCACAGUCGCAACGCCGCAGCUACACGCAAUCGAUCCAGCUGCUUCGUACCAUGACAAUGGAAGGGGCGGAGGUGAGCCAGAGGUCAGUGUUGAGUGUUCUAGCUGCUAGCAACGAUGUUGGUCUUCUUGAACAAGCCCGGCAUUUGUUCCUGCUCAUGGCGGGCGACCAUGGAAUAGCUCCUGCUAUGGAGCACUUCUGCUCCGUGGUGUGCCUCUUGGGGCGAGCUGGACGUGUAGAGAUGGCACAGGAGCUCCUUGACACCAUGCCAUUCAUUCCUGACUCCGUUGCUUGGGCUGCAUUGUUUGCUGCUCAUCGGAUCCAUUCAAGCUCUUUCCUUGGGCAUUGAUGCCGGAAAUGUUGGACAUGAGCACACGCGUAUGCCGUCACCAGCGUGCGGAAAAGCGUUCUCCCGCUGCGAAGAUGAGUUGCAUAAGAAAGGCAUAACGAUUUGUCAGCCGUGACGCACAUUUUUAUUUCCUUGAAAAAGGAAAGAACAAAGGGUAGAGUCAUAUCAA